CGCUGUGAUAAUCGCUCCUCCGCCUGCACCGUGGACAUUUCGGUACAGGCGGAUGAACGGACAGGGGGGUUUACAGCUGGAGGAUUUAUGGAUUAUUAUUCAUGUUUGAAUAACCUGUAACUUAUUGUCGCCAGCAAGUACGGAGUCACCACACCGAGCCAUGGCACCGUUUACAAGACGGGUCCCCGGGCUUCACUGAGGGAUGUGCCGGUACCAAGGCAGCACAUAGGGGACAGUGUCACCGAAGCCUGCGCUGUCGCUGUUGGGACGUAUUUCACUGAGUUUGGUGGAGUUGAUAAACUCAGUGUUAUUCUUUUCCUGUUUGUUUGGAAUAUGUUGCAACUGAAGUAUAUUUGGUUAAUUUGAAAACUGAUAGAAAACAGUGAUUGUCAGAGCUCUGUUUAACAUACCUGCUCAGUGGGAAAUCGUUUGGACUUGUACUUUAGCUCUUGAAUAGUUCAGCCAUCCUGUUCACGUGCUGUUCCCAUUAUUUUGUCCAGCAGCUGCAGUUCCGCUGCUGACUGUCUGUACUCAGUGUGAGUAUCAGUGUGGGUUAUUCACAGUGCUGCUAUGCAGACUGACUGGAGCCAUGCUCACACAGCCCCACUGUAACCCUGAUUCUGAGGCACAGGCCUGGAUUUCUUAAACAGAAAAAAAAACUUAAGCGUUGAGGAAAAGUGAGUCUCAAUCCAGUGGGACAACUUGUGCAGAAGAGCAGAUGUUACACAGCUUUGUGUAUUCAUGUGGAUUAUUCAUGAUGCUGCUAUGCAGACAGAGUGGAGCCUUAGGAAACCUGUUGAUAAUGUUAAAGUAAUACUCGACUCUGCCACCCCUCUAAUUGCAGUUGAACAGCUAAUGUUACACUGUUGGCAGCUGAAGAUCUGGCUAUAAGGUUGGAUGUUUGCUUGGGACCAAACAUUGUGUCUAUAACAGAACAGUGUUUGACUUAUAGUGUAAUGCUUUCACUAAUUCCUACAGAAGGUGAACUUUCACAAAGAUGACACACACUCUUAUAUGGUGAGGAAACAUUUUGGAAUUGAAAGAUUUAGUUUGACUGAAGUUUAUACAAGUAGUUCAGUUUCACUUCCAUUUUGCAGCCAAGAGUAGAUUGGUGGUGUAAGUUCAUUUCAGUUUACCUGGUUAGUUACAGUAAUUGUUGAACAAUGAAGAAUCCCCAUCAGCUGAGUAACACAUUGAAGCGAUCCCCUAACAAAGAUCCAGCACUGAUGUCUAUGUCUUGCACAAACAAGAAGUUCAAGAGGAAGUCUAGGGAGCCUAAAAGACUUUUCAGCAGCCCUGAGCCUGAGGGGAGGGAGACCUACCAUGGGGACAUGUCGGAUGAGGACUUAGUAGAUGACACCAAAACGGAGGCAUGUAAUGUCGGCACGUUGGCUCCAUUGCAGAGACAGCUGAUGAUGUCUCAGGAGGCAACAGCUAGCACUACAGGAAUUCUGUCAGGACUUCCAGGGGGCAACAUGGCUCCAGCUCAGGGUGGUGCUAUAGACAUGAGAAUUGGUAUCAGCAUGCCAGACAUCACCUCUAAACUGUCCCAGUUACCUUCCCCUCCAUUCUCUAACCAAGAGAUCUCCCACUGGCCCACUGUCAUCUCACAGCCUCUGUCCAACAGACUUAAACUGGGCCUUUGCUCUACUUUCCCUCUGUCAAUGUCAACAAGCUGCAGCCACAGCCAUUCACCUAGUCACCAGGCUUCCCCCCCGGAGCCCUCUCUGUCAGGCCAUGCUUCAGCUCUGCCUGGCCCAAGGAUUUUCCAGACCUCAUUGUGUCAAGAACAUGUGGAGCCCCAGGUGGAGUCACCUAAGGAGUCUCCCAGGAAGGGCGCUGAAAUGAGUUCUGAUGGACCUCGGUGUUUUCCAGAGGUUAAAGCGAUCCAGCAGACCAGGAGGCUUCUAGCGAAUGCCAGGGAGCGGACCCGUGUCCAUACCAUCAGCGCUGCAUUCGAAGCCUUGAGGAAGCAGGUGCCAUGUUACUCCUAUGGGCAGAAGCUAUCAAAGCUGGCUAUAUUGCGUAUCGCCUGCAACUACAUCCUGUCUCUGGCUCAGUUGACUGAACUGGACUACAGUUCAGACCACAGCAGUCUGAGCUUCUCUCAGUGUGUCGAGCAGUGUACCAGGACCCUGCAAGCCGAGGGAAGGAGCAAGAAGAGGAAAGUGAGAUAUAACAUACAUUUACAAAUAAUGACAGCUAACCAGAGAAUAAAAUUAACCAGAGCUGUCUCAAAAAUCACUCACUAUAAUUGCCGAUAGACAAGUUGGAGCAGCAUGAAUUAUUUUCAUUUUUUGUUUUGUCAAUGAGUUCACUAUACAGUCUCACAUAGAGCUCAACUGAUUUUGGACACAACCCAGGUCUUUAUUUCUAAGUGCCUUGUUAGUGUCAACGUGUGUGUGUGUGUGUCAUUAUGGCAAAAUUUUCACCUUUUAAACCUGAUAAAUACUAAUAUAUCCACAGGAUCAAUUGAGUUAUUAUAGCAACACACUAUGCUGGCAACGCUGUUUGUCCUGACUGAUAAACUACUGUCUAUAGAGGCUGCAAUUCCUCUACAGGUUUGCCUUAUUUAAUACUUCCAGUAGCUUACAGGGAAAUUAUCUUCUUUGUGUGACAGAAAAAGGUUAAAUCAGAACCAGAACAUAACUUGUUUGAUCUCCCCUUUCCAUUUUGUGAAUUAUACAUUAUUAGUAUAAUUAUAUAGUAUCAUAAUUUUAAGUUUUACUGCUUCUUUUGAUACGAUCCAGAGCUACUUCAGAAUCAGUCCUUUUUACAUGUGAUUUACAUGGUAAGCUCUGCAACGCAAUCUAUGGUGCAAGGUAAAGUUUGAAAAUGUUAUGUUCACCCUACCUAGUUUAUCUGCAGUGAAGCCAUUGUAUGAUCAUGAUCAACCAUUAUUUUGCACUGAUUUAAUAAUACUUUUUUUCAUAAAAUUUAACAACAUUUGCUUUAUUACUUUUCACAUGUCUGUUUUAUGUACAAUGGUGUUAUUAUUUUCCAUAUAUUGCAUAUUUCUAAUGUCUUUUAAGUAAUCGGAAAAAUCUUCAUGAGUUAACAAAUUUUCCAAAUAAAAGCCCUUAUUCAGCUAUAUAUAA